AAAAGCCUGCUGGGCUGGGCCGUUUCUGGACGCUAUCGUCCGAACUCUAAUGCUCUAAAUACCAAAUACUUGCUUGCCUGUAAGGAUUCUAUAGAUUCAAGGUUGGAAAAGUUAUUCCAGAUUGAAGAAGUUGAAACAAAGUCUGACGUGUGGACUCGUGAGCAACACAGCUGCGAAAAACUAUAUAAUGUCACCGUUCCUCGGAGCGCCAAUGGUCGGCUUAUAGUAAAAAUUCCGUUCAAAGACGAUCCGGCCUGCUUAGGUGAAUUAUACACUACAGCCUUGCGAGGAUUUAAUGCGCUAGAACGUCGGUUACAACGGUCCCCUAUCCUCAGGACACAGUACGUCGCAUUAAUGGAUGAGUAUGAGAGUCUAGGCCAUAUGCAAGCAGUGCCCAACCCGGAAUUGAACGAAUCUCAGUACUUUAUCCCCCACUAUUGCGUUUUGAAGCCGAAUAGCACAACCACGAAGCUAAGAGUUUUCUUCGACGCAUCUUGUCGAAAAACUAUGCAGAAAUCGAUAAACGACAUCCAAAUAGUCGGACCUACUAUCCAAAGCGUGAAAAU